GCUACGCUUCGGCUUUCGCUUCUCGGGAGAGAGACCAAAGAAAUGGCGGCGAGCGCGAGCUUGGAUUUGGCGACGGCCAUGGCGUCCGCGGGGCUCCUCCUCCGCGGCCCUGCCGCGCCCGGCGCGGUCUCUCUCCGGGGACGGAGCGGGAAGGGCGGCGGCCUCGCCUUCUCCGCCGCUCCGUCCUCCAACGGUGCAGCUGUUCCAUCCUCACUAAAUGACUCAGAGAAAAAGGGCCCUGUGGUGAUGGAAAUUCCAUUGGACAGGAUUAGGAGGCCACUGAUGCGGACGCGCGCCAACGAUCCAGCCAAGGUGCAAGAACUCAUGGACAGUAUCCGUGUCAUUGGCCUCCAAGUACCUAUUGAUGUACUGGAGGUCGAUGGAGUCUACUAUGGCUUUUCUGGAUGCCACCGCUAUGAGGCUCACCAGCGCCUAGGGCUCCCGACGAUCCGCUGCAAAGUCCGUCGAGGAACGAAAGAAACGCUGAGGCACCAUAUGCGAUGAAUGGAGGACUGGAUGGUAGGCUGGUAGCUGAUGGACAGACUGCUUCAGGCAGAAAGUGUUGAUCUGUGCAGCAAAGUGUUCAUAUGAUAUUCUCCUCAUGUAAAUGUUAUUCAAACAAACUGGUUCAUUACUGAAUAGUGAUUAGUGAAUACUAAAUGAAAAUUUCAAUCUAGAACUUACAUGGAUCAGGAUGAACCCUAACUGAUCAAAUUUGAAGGGAGUAAAUUGGGGUGCUCUAUUCAGGUGCUUUAUGCAACUACCGCAGUGAAAAAAAAAACACUACCCCAAGUCCAAGUGAUGCACCAAACACUCUAUACAACACUAUGAGGUUUGGAAAAUUCAGAAUCGGAGUCACCUGCUCCCUACUUCCCAUAAAAA